CCCGGCUACGUAUCGGCCGUCACGGUGGUCCGUCGCGUCAAGGGGAGAGAACGGUUUUGUUAGGGAUUCCGGAACGGCGGGUACCGUUCCCGUUCCGUUCCGGCGAACCCUAUGACGUAAACCUCGAAACAACCGACCUGUCUAGCGAAUCUUCUCUAUAGUACACCAUUGUAGUAUUCAUGAACAAUCCAGCUGUGAAAUCUUUUCUAUAAUCCACCAUUGUAGCGGCAACAUCGAAGCGGGGGCGACAACAGGGGUUCAUUCAAUUUAUUUCCUAUUGAGCUUAAUUAAUAACACGUUCAUUACUUUAUGGUGCGGGAGAAUUAAUUAAGAAGAAAUUAUAAUUCAAAUAAACUAACAAAUAUCCACACAAACAAUUAUAAUUCAAAUAAACUAACGCAGACAAUUGUCACCAAUGAGAAAGUAUAAUUCAAAUAGGAAACAUUCCCACACCAAAUCUGGACACAAGAAAGAUUGUAUGAAUUAUAAAACAAAAAUCCUAGUCCUAUACAAUCUUUGAAACCACUUAAACCCCAUCUCUCUCUUUCUCUCUCUCUCUCUCUCUAUAUAUAUGUGUGUGUAUAUCCAUAUCGGUCUUCCCUUCAUCAACUUUCACAAUAUUUUUUUGUUUUCUUUUUGAAUUGGAAGUAUUGACAUAAGGCGGGAGAAGAAUUAAGAAGAAAAUGUUGUGCAAGAAGAUGUUUAACGCUUUGGUUGAAGUGGCCUUCCAAAAAUCACAGGAGGAUUUAAUCAAAGCAGAGCAGCAAACCCAAUCAAAAGCCAACACGUCAUCAUUCCCCUUCAACCCUCCCCGGCGGCCAAGAACCAAAAGAGAAGAAAUCAUAAACAAGCAUGUAAUAGAAACCGCCGAUGAUUCCAAAGUCGAAGAUGAAGAAGAACAAGAAGAAGAUCAAGAAUAUUCCGACAAGAAGGCGAAGAAAAGGAAGUCGUCAGAUAAUCUGAAGAAGAAAAAAGAAGCCAUCGGGAAUGGGCCCCCGACACCGCCCCCGCUUCCGGAAGAAUUCAAGAAGACGAUCCAAGAAAUCGGGAAAGGGAAAAAUUUAUCAGAGGAGGCGGAGAUGAAACUGGUUAUCCAAAAGGGAUUGUUCGAAACGGAUUUGGCCCCCGGAAAUAACAGAUUAUCAAUCCCUUUCACACGGGUUCGCGAUCACGGAUUCUUGACGGAAGAGGAGGCUCGUUUCCUCACGACACGCGAUCGCAACAACAAGAUGAAGUUCAAAGACGUCACGAUUAUCGAGCCCUCGUUGCGACGGGAGAAAGUGAAGCUGAGCAGAUGGGAUAUGAAAAAGGGUAACGGCAAGAAUACGUGGUCCAAUUACGUAAUAAACGGAAAAUGGAGACACAUUGUCGAGAGGAAUCGUCUUGAACCCGGGGAUGUGGUUCAGUUAUGGUCUUUUCGGAUCGAUCAAGAGUUGCAUUUUGCUCUUGUCAAGCUCCCAGGUAAUAACUAAUUCGGGCCACUUAGUUAAUUGUGGAUUAGGGUUUGAUCAACGGUUAGAUUAUUGGACAUAUCAUAAGUUUUGGAUAUAAGGUUUUCAUAUUUUUGUUUACAUACUGACAACUUUUUAUUUUGUUUUUCGAUCCUUUUACGAAAGUUAUCGACUUUUGUUAGUUAUAAAUUUUCUUCUUGCUAGUUGAUUAACUUUCCACUUUCUGGCUUUUUAUAAUAUAUU